CAGGCACACGGCACCAAGAUGUUGCUGAGGUUGCUGGGGCUGAUGGUUCUGUGCGUGCUCUGCUCUUCCAUGCUGCAUUUCCCACCAGAAACGCACCAUAACACCACAGACAACACCAAAUUCUUCAAUAAAUAUGGCAACUUCUCGAACAAAGGGCUGCCAGCAGAGGCCCAGGGCGGUGUGGGGUUAGGGAAGAGCCUGCUACCGUCUGAGCCCAGCGGCAGCACUGUGCCUGAAGACAUAGCCGUCAUGUUCCCCGAUACCUCCAUCUGUGACGUGCUGCUCAGCUCUUCAGAGUCCAUCUACAUAGACCAGAUCCCCUUAUUCUGCCUCUGCUCCCAUUGCAAGACAACCUCGGGCCGUAAGGGAGAGCGCGGAGACCAGGGCUUCGAAGGGUAUAAGGGCAGUGACGGUCCAAAGGGCCUGUGGGGCUUCAAAGGACCUCGGGGAUUGACAGGUCCUAUGGGGAUGAAAGGCCAGAAAGGAGAACUGGGAGAAAAGGGCUAUCCGGGACCCAUCGGCCUCCUGGGGAUCAAGGGCGAGUGCGGAAUCAAAGGUAGGACAUCAUCACCCUCUGCUGCACGCUGCCAUCUAUGUGCUGCAAAAAGGCCAAGCCACAGCUGA